AUGGAGAAUCCAGUCCAAGAAAUCGCCUCCGUCAUCGAGACUCUCACCAAGGGCUCGCCGCAGCAGCAGCAGGACACGCUCAACACGUAUUUCCUCUCCAACGCAGCCUUCAUCCACCCCUUUUGCCGCGUCCCGUCCAUCUCAAAGGGCUCCAUUCCGCUGGCCAGGGAUCUGGACUCGCGCUGGCUCAUUCUGGGUAUUUAUCGCUGGUAUCGCACGCUCAGCCCGAAAAUCGUCCUCACCGUCGAUUCCUCUGUGUUCGAUCAGCGCAACAGCACCUUGUAUGUCUCGAUCCGCCAGACAUUUUCCAUCUGGUUCAUCCCCUUCCACAGCUCGUCCGUCAAGCUUCUCUCCGUCUUGCGCCUCGCCCAGGGAUCCUCGUCGGAGCCGGGACAAUUGGCGCCAAAAUUCCAACCAGACGGUCGAAAUUCGUCUGCUCUGGCGGGUCCGGGACAGGAGAGGUUGAGAUACUACAUCGCCAGUCAAGAAGAUUUGUACCAGACAAACGACUUUGUGGCCUUUGUGGUGCCGUAUCUCGGGCCGCUGCUGGUGUUUCUGUGGCAGCUGUAUAGCACGGCUCUGAGUGUGGUUGGCUCAAUUUUGUUUUUACCGGUGUACUACUUCAUCAACAGCAGCCAGGCAAAAGCUAGGAGACAGGAGUGA